AUGCUAGCAAAAGUUGUUAAUCCAUCUAUGAUUGUGGACAAAGCAGAAGGCUCCGAGCGAUGUGGUAUCAUUAUAUUGGGUAAUUCAGGUGUGGGGAAAAGUUUUCUCGCAAAUAUACUCUUCGGUGAUGAAGUUUUCAUCCACAAAUUUAGUUCUGGCUCGGUAACACAUCAUACCGAAUUCAUAGAAGUGGAAUUGGCUGGUUGUGUUUGGACUAUUUUCAACAUUCCAGGUUUGAUCGAAGCUGACCAAGAUCGCAUCGAUUUGAAUAAGAAAGAAAUUGAUAAAGCUUUUGCCAUGCGACCGAUUUCAAUCAUUAUUUUUGUAUUUGGUCAAACAGGUGGACGAAUUUGUGAUGAAGAUGUUACCGCAUUUAAUGCUAUUAAUGCCGCUUAUCCAUUCAAACCGGAAUCUUUGGUACUUGUAAUCAAUGGUAUACCCGAAAAACGUCCCGCAGAUUACGAAGGAUCGGCUUGUCUUGUUCUUCACAAGCUUCUUAAACUUUCCAAUUUUAACAAUAGCAUUCUGUGCUUUCUCAAUAAGAUCAAUCCCAAAAAUCAGGACCAACGACAACGCCUCAAGGAACAACUGUUAAAAGUGUUGGUAGAAUGCAAGCCAUUGUUGCAUCGCAAGGAACAAGAAAUUCAAACAUUGUUCGACGAAUUGAGACAAAAUGCAAUACAAAUGGAAGAAUUGCAGAACGCGAUUCUGGCGGAAAAAGAAAGAUAUAGUACUGAAGUCCAAGAAAUUCAACGUGAAUUUGAUCGAACAAUGGCGCAGCAUCAAACUGAAAUUCAAUCUUUAGAGCGUGCUGCUCACCGGCUAGACGAAUUGAUUGCAGAUCAAGAACGACGUUUCGAGGAAGAGUGUCGAAAUUAUGAAGCUCAGUUACAAAACUUACAAAGACAAACAAAAGAAGCUCACGAACAUUACGAUCAACUAUGCAAAGAUACAGCAACUGCUCAAAAACAACUCCGGUUAGCAGAACAGGCUCGAUUAGAGACAGAAGCCAGACUUCAAUCACUCAUAAAUCAACAUGCCACCGCUUCCGUAGUAGUUCACAGAAGACGGAGAAGUGGUUGCACUAUUUCUUAA